AGGUACAGGGAACUACGUAUACGUGCCAUGCAUAUGGUCUGUUUUAUCUGCAUACUGUUAAACAGAUUCAGUAAAACAGGUUCGAUACGCCUGCAACUGUUAAUGUAUUCUAAUUUUACGACUUAAGCAGACUUUCGUUUCGUUAGGUUUUUGUUGUUGUUGCUCAUCAGAUGUUCAGAUUGUUUUUGGAUGUGUCAGAGAAGACACAGUACAUUUAUAAAUCCGUAAAAUCAUCUACCUUUCUGACACGUCAACACCGACCAGCGGCUUUAGGAAUUAUAUAAGUCUACGAUGUAUUUAGAAGACAGUUUACCAUGUGUUGAAAUACGAACACAGCUGUACAGUUGGUUGAUCUCGAUAUUUUCGCAUGUGGAGGUUUCUUUAACCAUUAACGCUGCCUUCUAUGGUGUCUCUCGGUGCUCAUCUGCAUAAUUACGACAACUAAAUCGUUUGCAACCGAAUCGAAUUUUGAAACAUUGACAGACAAGAAUGUUGUUUGCAUGGUAACACAUGCACGACUUUUGUUUGAUUUCUUUGCACGUGUGUAACCAUAUCAGACGUGAUUUUGGCACGAUGUGAUAACCAGCAGCGUUCAAAUUUAAGAUUGAAUUAAAACACGUUUAUUGCAUAGGAACAUUUUAAUUUUGAUUGCGGUGCUAUUACAACAAGGAAGGUAUGGUGUACUUGUUGACCACAGUUUGGUUGUGUAGGUUGUCGAAGUUCACGGAGAAAUAUAGAAGCUGUUGAUGUUGUAAACACUUUGUAACGUGUGUCUGGCGCACAGUUGGACUUAAAGUGCAGUAGGUGCACCAAUAAUGAUGUAAUUCUGAAAAAGUUUGCACCGGGCAGCACAAACUGUUUACUUUAGGCAGGACAGAAUGGGAUUAGACUGUCUGAAAAUCAUUCCCAAAGCUGAAAAAAAUACCGUCAUAUUCGAUAUUGGAGUACCCUUUGUGUGAAAUAUUGCGAAAACACAUGCGAGAAGAAGACACGCAUUGGCCUUUUGGUUUGGGAUUAUUUCUACAUACAAACUUAGUAUCCGUAUAUACGGAGUGUGGUUUAAAAUAUCUCAAUGCAUUACCACACACGAGAAGUUUACGUUUAAAACAAGGUUGUGUUGUUUGGGCAUAUGUUGAGCAGACUCUGAAGAUGCUAUCCGAAAAACGCAUGAUUCUCAUAUAUUACAUCAGCUGAGUGCUCUUUUUAGAGAACGCAUACUUAAUUAUCUGUUGUGGAUGUUUACCUGGAAGAGAGUUUGACACUUGGUAAAUCUAGACAGACAUCAAACUUUGAUUAUAUUUUGUAGUUAUUUGCCUUGAGGAUUUCGAUAUUUAAUGUGAACAAACAUUCAACAGUCUAAUUAAGGUUGCAUCAGAUCUUGAUCUUUGUGACAACUUGUUGUGUUUGUGGCCCUUUGUAAUUGGUUGUUCAUGAAAUUGAAAACAGUUUCUGCUCUAUUGUGAAUUCUACCUAACUAAGAUUUGCACAGGGUUUCCAUUGUUUACGAGUUCGGGAGUACCAGAACUUACAGAGGUACGAUGAAAGCUCGUGCGAAGACAUUGUUUUGACGAAACGAUCUACGCUUACGCAGAAGAAUUAACUUCAGAUUACAUUAAGCCACCAUUUACAGCCUGAUUGUCUACAUUGUGUUUUAUCGUCUGCUAACGUCUUUUCAUCCAUAUGGAAGAUUUUGUAUUCGGAGGGGUGUUUCCCUGUUGGGAGGAGGAAGGUGGUGGGGAGGAGUGUUUAUGGGCGACGGAAAAGGGGGUGGUUAAGAAUGGCCACACAAACUCUGACAUUGACGUCGGGCCGUCCCCCGGGAUGGAAUGUGUGAUCCGUGGAAGCCUGUACAAUCCUGGCUGGCAGUAUGACGCCAAGGCUAUCGAAUUUAAUCACCACCGAGAUCUAUGGGGGAAGCUGGAGAAGAAGAAGACGUCACUUGGUACAUACAAGGAUUUCGAGUCGUUGGGUGUGUUUGACGCCCAGUCUGUACUAGAACUACGACAGAAGAAGGAGGAAGACAAGCUCUAUGAGAGAUUCCACGAGGACAGGACCAAGAUGGUCCAGCGGCUGGAGGAUGAACUCAAGGUUGAGAAAGAGAAAUCGGUACAAGAACUAGUGGCAGGUUUCGAGAAGAAGAUCACAUCAAAGAAGGACAUUAAGACGGGCUUAGAAAAAGAGACCGAGAGACUCGAACAGCUUUACAAACGGAAGAAGGAAGAGCGCCUACGCUGUCUAAUGGACAAACUCACCACCGAGGAGAAAAGUCAGGUGACCCGCCUGAUCGAGAAACACAGCUCGGAAAUGUUACUCAUGAUCGCCGAGAAAUUCGUGACCAUGACGGAAUCCAUACCGGAUGCUGAUACUACCACACUACAAACGGCGUCUAUUGACCUUUCAAGACCGCCACCUGUUGCACCACCAGAGUUCCGAAGAUCGCAAUUAUUCAAAAGUCCCGAGGAGUUCGAAGCGCUUGACAACCAAGUAUUCGAGGUGGCCCAGAAAGACUACUCUGCUUUUACCGACCUCGUCAAAGACCUCAUCCAAAACUGCCAAACAGAUCUGGAGAAAUCAAGAGCUAUAUUCCGCUGGAUUACGGUAAAAGAUCUGAAUAAGCUGGAGGUUGACGAGACGGUGAACCCAGAAUCUCCAAUGGGCCUACUUAGGGGGAUCAAAUACGGCACCGAGAGCUACCACGACCUCUUUAAACGUCUGUGCAGUUAUGCUGGGCUUCAUUGUGAGGUCAUCCAGGGUUUAUCGAAAGGUGCCGGUUACAAGCCGGGCAUGCGCAUGGACAAUGACAAGUUCCGGAACUCUUGGACAGCUGUAUUUAUUGAAGGAUCCUGGUGCUUCAUUAACUGUAACUGGGGAGCCAGGCAUGUCAAAGGUCACGACAAGGACGAGAAAGACGUCAUUACGGGUCUAGCUACGUUCUAUUACAGAUGUGACGAAUUUUAUUUUAUCACAGAUCCCGAGGACCAUAUUCACCAACAUUUCCCGGAUGAUCCAAAGUGGCAGCUUCUGGAAUGUCCAAUUUCAUUGACGGAGUUCAUUAAUUUGCCAAUUGUCAAAUCUCCUUUCUUCAACUACGGUCUGAAAUUCGCCAAUCAUUAUGACGGGACACAAUACACAAGCAAUGGUAUUAUAGUACUGCAACUUAAGAUCCCCAACCUUCUUGGGUUUGGAUACACAUUAGACGCCAAAGAUUCGGAUAUGGAUCCUCAUAAGCUAGAAGGACGUGUUAUGCUCAGAAUCAUCGGUCACAAAGCUAUUUUCACGGUUGCUCCUCCAAAAACUGGAAAAUAUUUUCUAACAAUUUACGCAAAAGAAGACUGGCAUUCCGAAACGUUACAAAGCGCAUGCGCAUUCAGAGUGAAGUGUCGGGAGAAACGUGAAAACAUCCGAAGUCCGUUUCCGAAAGUUCCAUUUUUCGGCCCGACUCCCAGUAUGAGUCAGUAUGGAAUCGUACCACAAACUCACAUAGACCCUCUCGUGGUCUUCAGUUACGAUGACGUCAUAUUUCAAUUCCAGAUACAGAAGGAUGUGAAGUUAACCCACACCCUCCAAUACCACGGUCCCUUCCAAAGCGAUAUCACGGACUUCCAACGAUACGUAUUUGUCCGAUAUCGGGACGAGAAAUCGAUUUCAUACCAAGUCCGUUGUCCAAUCAUGGGCAAGUUUGUUUUCAACAUUUUCGGCGGGACGGUUACAUCGCCGGAGGAGAAUACCGGCCAUCUUGAGUGCUUAUUUCGCUACCUCCUAGACUGUAAGCAUCCAGCCAAGGACAAACGUCCUCUUCCCAGGGCGUGUCAUCGCUGGUUCCUUGGGAACAUGCUGGAACCUGUUGUCGGAGACAUUGACCCCGACAAGAGAGUGACGUUCCGAGUGCGAGCGCCACUGGCAAUGGACGUCGCUAUGCUAGUCGGGGAUGCUUGGUUCCACUUCAAGGAGAUUGCCGACAGCAUCUGGGAAGGCAAUGUGUACACGGGGAAAGGACAGUGUAAAGCCAAACUUUACGCCAAACUCACAAAGGAACGGGCAAGGUUUUCCCCUCUUGUAGAGUUCAAUAUUAAAUAGACAUUGUGAAAACGCCAAAGAAAUUUGUAAAUAUCUAUUUUGAUUUAACGGUUUACGCCUCUUUUAGUUGUUAAAUUAAGACGACGAGAUAAACCGGGGGAUAUAUAAAAAAUACCUUUCACAGUUACUGAUAUUGCAGCUUGAGUCGUGUGAUAGGGGCUCAUUUAAAAUCAUAAGUAUAUAAGUGUUCUCUUUUGUAGGAUUAAAGUGUUUUAGUGUUUCAGGUUUUAUGUUCUCGUGGUAAGGGUUGACCUGAAGUAUUUGUUUGGGCAUUUACAUCGGCUGCAGACCUGAUUCCCGCUGUUGGUAUUGAGCAAAACUGAAAGGUUAUAUUAGUGAAAAAUAUAUCUUUCUAUAGUGCUGAAGAGGUUGUCUCCCUUUGUUUUAUGCAUAGUUGGAGAGGUUAUCUCCCCCGGUAUAUGUUUAACAUCAAAAUAAUAUAAUCAUAUCAAUGCAAUCUACCGGAAGCAAUCAAGUGAGGACCACCGUCUCCUAACAAACCCUGUUGUUAUCGUUAUUUAUAUUUAUAUAUUUAUAUCGAACGAAGACACUUUGCGUUAACGUGAAUGAUUGGCAGCAUUUCGUACAAACUUAGUGAUGUUACAAGUGUUAGAACAUUAAAAUAAAUGUUAUUGUUUGAGAAAAAAAA